AUGGCGGUCCCCCCGCCUCACGAGCGACCUCCUCUUCGGCUCGUACUCCCCAUUUCGUUUUCCCUCUUCAUCUUCCUGUCUCUGCUUUGCGUCAAUCCAGCAUUGGCCAAACCGCCCCUCUCGGGGAAGAGGCAUGCCUUCUCACCCCCGCCCGAGCCGCGCCGCAUCAUCACGCCCCCGUCGGCUCCCCGAGGCGAGGCCAUCGCCCCCUCCAAAUCCUCGCGCUCGCUCCCCUCCAUGCCAGACGCGUUCUGGGACGACUUGGUAGAGCGCAACAGAGAGGAGCGGUCGGGGUAUGGAGGGAGGUCAUCGGCAAACAACGACGACAGAAGGAGGAGGGACACUCGGGCGGCAGCGCCCAAGCCGGAUUGCCUCUACGUCUCGGGCUAUUCGAGCGAGGUGAAGCGCGGCUUCGCGUACAGCAACGGAAAGCUGUACGUGUUCAACGAUGCCGGCGACUACCAGUCCCAGUACCUCUCCGCGCCGAUGGCCCUCGGCGUCGACUACCACACCGACACCCUCUACGUCUCCACGUCGUCCAGCAUUGACCAGAUUGAGAUUGGGCGCAACAUGUCGAACGGUGACAAGUACUGCACGUGCUCCUUUUCGACCAAGGAGGUGGACGUGUUCGACAUCCAGACGUUGGACGUGAAUCAGGCCGAUGGCGGUGUGUACUUUGGCUUCCACAACGAGAUCUGCUACAAGCCCAAUAACUCUUCGUCGGCCUCCUGCUGGGUGUGGCCGAACUCUUUGGUGCCCGACAAUGAGGAGUUCAAGUACAUUUACAUCAACCAACAUUCGCAAAAGCUGUACGCGUUGUCGAGUAUCGCCAUGUGGGUCUACUAUUUCGAAGUGAAUCCCAAUGCCUCUCUCUGGCUCGGUGGCCUGUGGGGCUCGCCCGGCUACUUGAACUCCUACGCCCGAAACUCCAAGUUCACAGGGGUUGCAAGCAGAGACGACUCCGACGAGAUCUACCUGUCGCUGCCCUCCUUCGAUUACGUAGAAGCGGGCACAGGAGACACCAAGACCUCGAGUUGCCUGGUGGUCGAGGCGAGUCUCGACGCCUGGACCUUGAGCGGCUGCUGGAUUCCCGAACCCGGUCUGCAGGCCGACCAGAUCUACGAGCCCUUCUUCCUCUACCACCACGACGGCUACUUCUACAGCUUCAUACCCAACGCUCCACCCGGAGGUGGCUCAGACACAACAAACGCGUUGCUCCGCAUGGAUCUCCAACACAAGACCGAGGAUGACAGUCUCCUGGAGAUGGCCGAGGAUUGGGACUGGUUCAUCGACCGAAUCUCCUCGCCCACCGACCUCCUCUGGGCGCCGUGCCCCUACGUGCCGUCGCCUUCGCCCUCUCCGCGAGCGUUGAGCGCCUCGGCGGACGGAUUGUCAACCGCCGCCAUCAUCGCACCCGUCGUUCUGGGCUCGCUCUUGGUUCUGUUUGUGGCGGGCCUCAUUGUCGGCAUUCUGGCGUGGAACUACCACCGCAAGAGGCGGAAGUACUACGCCGGCCAGGAGCUCUGCUCCGACGAGAUCGAGUUGGGCAUGGUCAAGUUCACCUACCGUGAGAUCGAGUACCAGGACCUCAAGCUGGGUCGGCUGCUGGGCGAGGGGGCCUUCGGCAAAGUGUACAAGGGCGAGUACCGAGGGGCUGUGGUGGCCGUGAAGCUGUUCGAGGCGCUGCGCCUGGAUCAGGCCGACGAAAAGGUGCUCAACGAGCUGCGCAUGGAGGCGCAGAUGAUGGAGCGCCUCUCGAACCACCCGAACAUUGUGAAGUUUGUCGGCGCCAUCACGCGAGGUGAGUACUCGGACCUGGCCCACGUCGAACCUGCUCCCAGAAACGAGGGAGCCAACUUCGCGCUGGUGACCGAGUUCUGCUCGCGUGGGUCACUUUUAGAUCUGCUGGUGAAGAAAAAGAAGAAGCUGCCGCUCAUCACGCUCGUCAGGAUGGCCCGCGACGCUGCGUCGGGCAUUCUCCAUCUUCACAAGGAGCACAUUGUACACCGUGAUAUUGCAGCUCGUAACAUCCUCGUGGGCCAGAAUUACGAGGUGUACGUGGCCGAUUUUGGGCUGGCCCGAGCUCAGGAGGCCGAGGGCCAAGUGGCCACCACCAAGCAGAACUUUGGCCCCAUCUCCUGGAUGGCGCCCGAAGCGUUGAGGUCACGCGAAUACUCGGAAGCCACCGACGCCUUCUCCUUCGGCGUACUCCUGUGGGAAAUGGUGGAGCGGAAGCGUCCGUGGGCGGGCAUGGAGGCCGUCCAGGUCGUGACCGCGGUGACCACCAACACGCGGCUCAAAAUCCCCAAGGACUGCGACCCGGUGUUCCAGCGGCUCAUGAAGAUGUGCUGGCGCCAGAAUCCCGCCCAUCGGCCAUCGUUCGAGAAGAUGGUGAACACGCUCUCGGACUACUACAAGACGCUCAAGCAGUACCAGGACGCCGACGCCGACGCCUUCGAGGCGAGCGGCAAAGACUCCGACGAUGAACCAGAAGAUUUGGGAGAGGGCAUGAGCUACGAGGAGUGGCAAGCCCGACGCAUCAAAGACGAGGUCAAGUCCUUCAUGAAGCAGCUCAUCACCGAGCGUAACGACGACUAUCACACGGUGGCGGGAGCCGCGGCGGUGGCCCUGCACGAGCUGCGGUCGGCGUUCGGCGUCGAGGGCGAGGAGGGAGAGACGGUGCCGCUGCUGGCCAAGAAGCAGUCGAGCGGCCAGCUCUCGCGCAGCAAGCCGCUCAAGGGCUCGGACACGCCCGCCUCGGGCAAGAAGAUCAUCUACGACAGCCUCAACGAGAGCAAGGCGAAGAAGAUGGGCCUCACGAAGAACAAGAAGAAAGAGAAGACCGGCGAAGAAGAAGAGGGGGAAGAUGAAGAUGACGGCGACAUCCAGUUCACGGGCGAGUCGAUGCGCUACGCGGGGGCGGGUGCUACGUCGGCCGGCAGCAUUCUCGACAGUUCGAUGUACUUGGGGCUCGACGAGGCGGCCAAGGGAGGCGAGAGCAACCAGAACCUGGAGCGGGAGGACUCGGGCGAGCUCGUAAGGAAGCGGAAGCCGAACCCGAAGCAGAUCGCGUCGGCGUCAUCGUCGUCGUAUGCGUCGUUGUCGGCGUCGGAGUUGUCGGCGCCGUCCAACCAGGCCAACGCCACGAGCCCGGCCGGCCCCUCGCCGCAGGGCGACGCGGCACCGGGCAAGGCCGAAGCCGGAGACGAAGAUCAGAUCUACCUUUUCCAGGCCAACGCCGAGACGGAUGAGGAAAGAGAGAAAGAGAAAGAGAACGAGAACGAAAACGAGAAAGCGACAGAGAACGAAGGCGAAGAGGAGGCGGAGGCGGAGGCAGAGGCGGAGGGGAAGGGCGGAGCCAAGAAGUCGAAGAAUCCGCUCAUGAAGAGUCUGGAGGCGAUGAAGAAGCUGAGCGAGCGGUCGCUCAGGAAGAGCGAUGGUGGCGGGUUGAAGAAGACCAUAGAGAAGAACAUGGAGAAGAACGAGAAGAAGCGAGGUAAGAGCGAGCAGGCGCUCAAGAGGAGAGAGACCAAGAAGGCCGAGGCCGAACAGAAGAAGAACCAACAAGAGCCUAAGAAGAGCGCCGAGGCCGAGCUGCCGGCGCCGCCGGUUGCGGCCCCGCCGCAGCAGUGGCUCAUGCCAGAAAGAAAGGUUAAGGUCUCCACGCUGGGCUCGAGCAUCAGAGAGCAGGACAGCUUCUACGCCUCCAUCCUCGACUCCAAGCAGAGCCUGGCCCUGGGAAGCGACGAUGAAAGCGACGACAGCAGCAGCGACAGCGACUAG